GAAGAAUCCCGAGCGGAGACGCAGCUGGAUGGCAGGGGCAGCCCGGAGCUCCCCAGUGUCGCAUGGUCAAGACCAUAAGAACUGUUUGGCUGUCAUAGUCCAGAGCUUUGUCCAGUCCAGCAUUCUGUCUGCAAGAGAGACCAGCCAGAUGUUUUCGGGAAACUCACAAGCACAAAAGCCUUCUCUUGUUUGUCAGUAGCCUUUGGGAUCAACCAGCCAGGCUGAAGCUGCCCAAGAUGAUGGGGGAAAUACUGUUUUUUCAUGGACCACUCUCUUUCUUGCUGCUCUCCUAUGCUUGCCAAGCUGUUGGUGGGGCCAGUCCCCUGUGUGAAAAAGAGGUUGAGUCCUGGGGGGCCAUAUUUUCUGGGGAACGCCUGGAUGCCUGGGUCUGUUCUCUGAUUGGUUCGGUUAUGGUUGGGCUGAGUGGUGUCCUUCCUUUGGUGAUCAUUCCUCUUGAGUCCGGAGCAGCUCUGAAGUCAGAAGAGGGAUCUCAUCGAAUGAAGCAGCUGCUGAGUUUUGCUAUUGGUGGGCUCCUUGGGAAUGUGUUUCUGCACCUGCUCCCUGAGGCCUGGGCCUACACCUGCAGUGCUGCCUCAGGAGGAGGACAGAGUUUCCAACAGCAGAAGCUUCUGGGUCUCUGGGUCAUUAUUGGUUUGCUGACCUUCCUGAGUUUGCAGAAGAUGUUCCCAGACCACGAAAAGCAAGAAUGCUCCAGCUUGGUCAGUGAUUCCAAGGCACCUGCCAAAAGGGUUCCAAAUGGAAGUAGCUUCUCCAUUCAGGAUGGGGCCAAUCCAGUCCACAGAACAAAGAUGGGCAAGGCUCAGUGUAAUGGUUCUUCUCACCCAUCUUCGCUACCAGCCAAGAAGAUCAAGAUCAGUGGAUACCUCAAUCUGUUGGCCAACACAAUCGAUAACUUCACACAUGGGCUUGCGGUGGCAGCAGGCUUCCUAGUUAGCAGAAAGGUCGGGCUCCUGACCACCAUGGCAAUCCUUCUGCAUGAAAUACCCCAUGAGGUGGGAGACUUUGCUAUCCUCCUUCGUGCUGGGUUUGAUCGCUGGAGUGCAGCCAAGUUGCAGCUUUCUACAGCUCUAGGGGGAGUUUUAGGAGCUUGCUUUGCAAUCUGUGCUCAGUCUCCUAAAGGGACAGGGGAAACCAUCGCUUGGAUUCUUCCAUUUACCUCCGGGGGAUUUUUGUACAUCGCCUUGGUAAAUGUUGUUCCUGAUCUUCUGGAGGAGAAAAAUCCCUGGAACUCGGUGCAGCAAGUUCUCCUCCUCUGCACAGGCAUCACCGUCAUGGUGCUUCUCUCGUUCACUGCAGAUUGACUGCUGCACAGGCUGCCUUCUGCUGCUCCCCCCCAAGAUGCCUUUGUUCUGAGCGGUUACAAAGCAAUAAGGGACACUCAUGGAUUCUGUUUCUUUUCAUUGUGUGCCUCUAGCUCCACCUGCUGCUACAUGCGGCAAAUGAGGAAAGGUAUAUUGGAAAAUCCUGGACUCUUGUUUUUUUAAGUGUUGCAGACUGACUUCCAAUUUUUUUUAGGAAAUAGAGGAGUUUCUAUUUUUUUAAACACUAAAUAAUUUAAAGAAAAGGCAGCAGUGACAAGAGGACCUGCUGUUGGGAGGAACAGACAGUGCUGCAUCAUGGUCUAGACGUGAACUGGAAUUGUGUGGACGAAAUGUGGGAGCUGACAGAAAUGCAAGAUCCGUGACAUCUGGAUGAAGGAAGGCUUACCUCCAGCCCAGGCUUAAUGAUGUAGGAAAGAAUGUUCAAAGGGCCAGCAUGUUCCAUACUGUGGAUCUCAUGGAAGCCCAGUUACUUUGCAGAACUUAUGGUCAAAGGCCAUCCAUUGCUUGAUUCCCCAGCUGGUAAAUGACCACCCUGUUGGACUGAGGUCAGCCCGUCUUGGGUGUCUCUAAGGCCACCUUUAUGUUGUAAGCAGCAGCUACUGACAGUGGGCCUCUUCAGUAUCACCACCAAAGAUCUUGUGUA